AUGAAGCCUUUGGAAUUCUUUUCGAUUGCCUUCAAGAACAUUCGUUCAAACCUCGGCGAAUCUGCUCUAGCUGAUGGCGACCUCCGGCAUUUGCAGUAUAGCAUAAUGAAAAACGCCGCUGCCCAAUUUCGACCACCCUCCCACCAGUCCGACGAACAAUCAUCCCUUCAUUUAGACGGGGAUCAACACCAUCUCCAUUCGGAGUCUGCGCCGCCUCCGCCUGCUGCCUCCACGGUCCGCGAAUCUCAU